AUGCUAGUGUCCUCCGCGCGGACGGAGAGCUGUAAGGGCUACUGUCGCGUGGUGCUGACGCCUGCAGACCCCGAUGGCACUUUCGCAGAAAGGGAGGUGGAGCACGUAGGCGUGCACACCGAUUUUGUGAAGGACCUGGUCAAGGAACGUGCGGAUAGGAGGAUCGUGGAGAGAUGGGACUCGGAGACGGGUGCCAGGCACACGAAAUCCCUCCUAGGAGAACCCACUAGGAAGAUGGCAGAGACCCUGUUGGGCCUAAACAGGGUUAAGCUCCGUACUAUAGUGGGGCUUAUCACUGGACACUGGCCCCUGGCUCUGUACUUAUCAAGGAUAGGCAAGGGGACUGACCCCCUAUGCAAAAGAUGCGGGCUGACAGAGGAGGAUCCUCUUCACCUAUGCACAAGAUGCAGCGGACUCGAUGAAGCCAGAUGGAAUGUCUUCGGGUCUACUUGCAUAGAUAUACGUGUCGACAGGGACGGGAUCAAUGGGCUCUAUGAGUUAGCUCGUAGGGCACAGAUACUCGAUACCAGCGACUAGACGGCUGCCUGAGGGCAGGGUGUAAAAUGGCCGAGAGGCUGAUUGCACCUCCGGACAGGACCGUCUAAAUAUGAUAAGUGAUAAGUGAUAUUAUUCUGAAAACCGCGGGCAUCCCCCUUGGCGUUCCAAAGCUAAUUAUUUAAAUAUUAAUUAUCUCAUUAUGCAAUAGCCCUACAGUGUUUUGUCAAGAGAUCUUUUUUAUUGUAAAUUUAAUUUACAACAAGAAAGGUCUCUUGACAAAAUGCUGUAAAAGAGCCUAUUAUCGAGAUAAUUAAUAAUAAACAAUCGCGGGCAAAUUUCAGAGGGGAUAGCUCGCGAUUUUCGCGGAAUCCGGAGCAAUAACCGCGUUAUCUUGAUUAUCACGUAAACAAAUGGAUUUACGGCCUUUUGUCACAAGACAUUUUUUGCAGAGAAUAAAAUUAUCUACAAUAAAUGUCUCCUGGUGGAAUCCCGUAAAUCCAUUUGUUUAUUGAAUAAUUGGAUUUGAAUUUUAAACAACAAUCCGCGAUUAAUUAUCAAAUUAAGACAUCUACGCGAUUUUUCGAUAAGAUCAUUAAUGUUUAAAAUUGCAUUUCUCGCAAAAAAGCCGUUUUGACAAAAUGUUGUAAACCCAUUUGUUUACAAGAUAAUUGCCAAAACGGGUUUUUUGUUGGAAAAAUUCGGAAAAUCGUGGGCAUCCCCC